AUGUGGAAUCAGUCUGCAGUUAUUUAUACCAACGCAAGCGACGGUUCAUUAUUGAAUCAUCCAUCGGAUGUGGCAAUUGACAGCAAACAAAAUUUAUAUGUCGCUGACUACUAUGGUAGUAGUCGUAUUACAAAAUAUUUUGCCAGCACUUCAAAUCCUCCUGUCACGAUAAUCUUAUCCAACUAUAUAUCGAAUUUGUUUGUCGAUAAAUUUGAUAAUCUUUACUUCACAACAGAAGCUUCCGUACAAAUGUUAAAUGUCUCAACUGGUCUCGUGAAAACAGUAGCUGGCAACGGCGAACAAGGAUCAGCAUUAAAUCAGCUCAAUAAUCCGGAAGGUGUGUAUGUAGAUAAGAAUCUCACAGUCUACGUUUCGGACUAUUUCAACAAUCGAGUGACGAAAUGGUUGCCCGGUGCAACAACUGGUAUUCAAGUUGCCGGAGGAAAUCAAAGUGGAAGCUCUAAUUCCACUCUGAAUGGUCCUAGAGGCAUUUUUGUUGACGAAAUCAAUGAAAAAGGAGCCAUUUACGUAUGCGAAUGGGGCAAUAGCAGAGUUGUGAAAUGGCUUUCAGGGGCGAAAGAAGGAAUUAUUGUGGCAGUAUCUCCUGACCCCUACUCAAUCAUUGUCGACUCAAAUGGCAUCAUGUAUAUAUCGGAUAUAUCUACUGGUCUAGUUGUGAAGUGGAUACGAAAUUCAAAUGCUCCACAAGUGGUUGUUGGUGGAGAUGGAACAAUUGGCCUUCCAAAUGGUAUCAAGUUUGACGUAAAUUUCAAUUUGUAUGUUGCGGAUCAAGUUAUGAGUCGAGUUGAAAAGUUUUUUUAUGAACCAUCAUCGUGUCCAAACAAUGAUUGA